AUAUGGCAUAGUGGUUAGUGUGUGGCAAGACCAGUUAUAUUUUUAUUAUCAACUGGUAUAUUUCGCGAAGGCUGUCGGACGGAGUGUGUGUUUAAUGUCGAAGAGGAAACGAGAAGAAACGCGAGGAAAUGUCGGAUAAAAGUGAAACUCGGUGAUCCAAACUGUAGAAAUAGCAGAGCGCGAACGGAAGGGAAAUUUGGUUCGAGGUUUUGUGGUGUAUUCACGUUUGCCUAUUGAAAGGUCACGAUCAUCAGCGACCACUGCUGCGUCGGUGGAUGAUUAAUUGAAAGUGGGAAACCUUCGCCGAGAAGCUUGGUCGCUAUAUGAUAGGUCGACACGUACGAAAAAGGAGAACACGUACGACGAGAGAUAACCCGAAGGUUUCGCAUCGCAUACUACAAUCACUUGACAAAAGAUCUACGAAUGGAGCACGGAUUAAAAUAUGAGUAGUACGGUGACAACUAUAUCUUUCGACGACAUGCCAUCUACAGCUGUCAAUGAAAUUUCCGAUUCCAAAGCAGCUCCAAUAUUCUUGCAAACACGAGCAGCUCAAGGUAUUGCCGGUGCAUUUGUUUGGGUUGCACUGUUUUUAACAUGUCAACAGAUCUACCAGCACUUAAGGUGGUACACUAAUCCAGCGGAACAAAGAUGGAUAGUGAGAAUUCUCUUCAUAGUUCCGAUAUAUGCAACAUAUUCUUGGGUGUCCCUACUAUUUUUUAACAGCGAAAGUUAUUACGUUUACUUUUUUACUGUGCGAGAUUGUUACGAAGCAUUUGUUAUAUAUAACUUUUUGUCUCUAUGCUACGAGUACCUGGGUGGUGAAGGAAAUAUUAUGUCUGAAAUACGUGGCAAACCUAUUCGUUCUAAUUGUUUAUAUGGGACAUGCUGCCUGGUUGGGAAAACAUAUACAAUCGGUUUUCUUAGAUUUUGCAAACAAGCCACUUUGCAAUUUUGCUUGGUGAAACCAGUGAUGGCGUUUGUCAUUAUAUUCCUUCAAGCGUUUGGUCAUUAUAGAGACGGUGAUUGGUCUCCGGAUGGAGGCUAUAUUUAUAUAACUAUAAUUUAUAACAUCAGCGUAUCUCUUGCACUAUAUGGACUUUUUCUCUUUUAUUUUGCUACAAGAGACCUGCUGACACCAUUUGAACCUGUCUUGAAAUUUUGUACUGUUAAAAGUGUUAUUUUCCUUUCAUUUUGGCAAGGAGUGUUAUUGGCUAUUCUUGAGAAAGCAAAUGUAAUUUCUCCUAUAAGCUUAGAUCAGACAACUAGUGCAGGCACAGUUUCUGCUGGUUAUCAGAAUUUUUUGAUUUGCAUCGAAAUGUUAUUUGCUGCUAUAGCUUUACGUUAUGCAUUUCCUUACCAAGUGUAUUCAGCUGGUUGUGUUACGGAUUCAAGAGGAAGAAGUGUAACGAUGCAAAGUAUUAGUAGCAGUUUAAAGGAAACAAUGAAUCCAAAAGAUAUAAUGACUGAUGCCAUUCACAAUUUUCAUCCACAGUAUCAACAAUAUACCCAAUAUAGUUCUGGAGCUCCUAAAGGACAACGUGGUAUGCGGAUAUCCAGCUUCGAUCCAGAUGAUCCACAGAAUAUGCCAAUACCGCCGCCUCAAAGACGGCACACUUCUCAUCAACGUGUUGCUACAAUCUCUCAGAAUUAUAAUGAGAAGACGAUGCUGUUGAGCAGUGACGAUGAGUUCCAGUAAAUGUAAACGAAAGAUUGUAUACAAAAGAAGCAGAAAGAAAGAGACAAAAAAAACAUUAAUGUUGGACUUCCGUGAAUCUAAUUUCAAGAAAACGCUAUGUAUACCAUUAAUUGAUUAUACGUCAUUUUAGGUAGGAACUUAACUCGCUCACAGAACAAACAACAAAUAAACAAACAAAUUUGAUUAUGCAGAACUGUGCAUCGUAAUAUAAUAGUUCCAUGUUACAUUCAUGUUAAUACAUGUAUUAUGUUACAUCAUGUAAACAUAUAGCAUAGAAGAUAUUUAUUUUAAUAUGCUGAACAUGUUUAAAAACAGUGUUACCUAUAGAGGUGGCUCUACUAUAAUAACAUAAUUAUCUUCAUUUUGAAACACAACUUACGUUUUUCAAGGAAAGGCAUUGUACAGUACUUAAUAUUCAAAUACUCACAAAUAUGUUGCUGAAUUAUUUACUCUGUAGUUAAACAAUAUUUUUACACUUUGAACAAACACUAUGUAUAUGUUUAUACAUCAGUAUUUCUAAUUCAUAUGAGAUUAACGUAAUUUUGCCAGGGAAAAAUACUUAUUUUAUAAAGCACACUAAGAAAAAUACUUCUAAUUACUGCACGCGUCCGGGAUAUUUAUAUAUAUAAACUGAGCCACAAAAAUCUUUGCGUCCUAGAUUAAAAAAUUAAUGAGUGUAUAUAUCGUUAAAAAUAGAAUGUAUUUAAUAAUUUAAGAAUUAAAGAAUUUUCCUUCGA